AUGUCCGGCCCAGCAGGCUCAGGUGCCAACAAGACAGGCAAUUUCUCCGGCAUAGUAUCUAAUCUCGUCAAGAAGAAGAAAACAGAAGACGAUAGAGACUCUGCUCUGAGUAUCGACGGUACGACACCAAGUAAAGGAUUGCCUAGCACGGGUCUGAAAAGGAAUACAAAGGAAUGGAAAGAGGCGCAGCAUUCAAGGAAGAACAGGAGUGAUAGUAGCGCUUCGUCUUCAUCAUCAAUACCUGACGAUGCUACCGGUAACGAAGAUGGUCGUACUGAAGAAGAACGGAUCAAAGGCCAAGAAGGUCCAGAAGGGAAAGGUCCAGGGAACCAUGAAAGAUUCAUAUCUAACGGUCACGCUAUUACCGACUCACCUGAAUCCUCACCGACUACAGAAAAUCCACCUUCGGUCUCACAGCAGAAUGGCGCACAUAAAAAGGUGGACUCGUUGACAAUAAAUAGAGACAAAUACGACAUUGAUCCAGAGGAAAAGGCAGAAAGAAGGGAUUCGGAAAAAGCACGGAAAAGAACGGAUGAGCUUGGAAGAAGACCUGACGCUAUGGAUGCGGUCAAAGAGGAGGAAGGACCAGGGCCAAGGAAUGAGAUCGUGCUAGACCCCAGGAUAUCGCAUAUGCAUUAUCAUCAACGGCGUGAACCAACUGUCGAGGGCUUGAAGCUCGGACCUAUCCUCCAAGUCACCGCAGACGGAGAAGGUGAAUAUCCUCCAGGGGAGACUCCACUCCCCUCUCGACAACACUCUUCAUCUUCGCGGCCGAUCUCACACGCUAGUAAUGAUAUCGAAUCGUAUGAACGUGGAAUAGGUGAUACCCUGGAGGAGGGAACUUGGAGAAGCGCAAUGAGUGAAUCACGCUCACAAUCUCACGGUCGACGCAAGCCCAAUGCCAGAUUCAGCAGCUUCAGAGAAUCAGCUUACAUUGAUUCCGAAGAAAAUGAAGGUGGUUCAGACAGUAAUCAAGAUGAAAAUUCACCCACCAACGAGAAUGCCCAAAAAAGAUGGUCAAUGUUAAGAAAUCGAGUGUUACCCUCCAAGUCUACUACCUCAGGCUCAAUUGGUCCUGGAAAAGUCUCAGCCUUGGCUCCGACAGUGAUCGCGAGUCUACCAGUGACGACUGAACUAUUUGCCGGCCAAUUACCCGUGAUGAUCAUGAAAACUUGGUUGGACAGGGAUGAAGAUGGUCACAAGGCUGUACCUGUACUCCUGGGAAAUUUGAGAUUUAGAGUGGGCGAUAGUGUUGGCCUAAGACCUGGCGGGGAGACGGGAAAGGAGAUGUUCAAGCUGGAAUGCGAGUAUGGUGAUGGCGCCGUGAAAUGGUUGCGAGAUUUCUUAUCCCUCCAUGCGCACUAUAAAGCAGCCAACUUUGGUACUUCCGUCGCCGGUCUCAGGGCAUCUCGUAGAGUUGAAAUUCCCGAUUUCCCCAAAAUGUCGAUUCCCUACCUCAACAAAGUACGUGGACAAGGAAAAGGAGGAGACAAAGAGAAACAAAAGCCUGUUGGAAAAGCGGAAUACGCGCAAGCUAGUAGAGAUGCUUUACAGCGAUACUUGGUGGACUUGAUUAGAGCAGUUAUUUUCCGACCAGAAUCCAACCGAUUAUGUAAAUUCUUCGAACUUUCCGCACUCACACUGCAACUGGCUCCAAGAGGUGGUUUCCAAGGCAAAGCUGGAUUUCUGAAAAUACCAGGAUGGGAUGCUAGCAGAAGAGCCAAUCAACCUGGAUUAGCACCGACAACCUGGGCGGCACAUAGAAAACCCAAGUGGUUCAUUGUUAGAGAUUCAUACUUUGUUGCCACGGAUGGUCCCGAAUCUACCGACUUUUACGAUGUCUUCCUGAUCGAUUCAGACUUCAGCAUCGAAAGACCCAAGCGAUAUUAUCGAACUGGUAUACACCUCUUGUCGAGUCAUGGUCCUGCAAAACAGCUUAGAGAUAAAGGGGACCUGAUAGCUAACGCAGAAGGCGAUAAUCCAAAUGACAUCGAUUUGGAUAAUCCUUUCAAUCGAGAGCUCAUUAUUUCUUCUGGUGAGGGAAAGGGAUCAAAGGGCCAAUCGAUGCACGAUGAAGGUGAACACCAUGCAAGUCAACAUACCUUCACUAUAAGCAACAGUCAAAGGAGAAUGAAACUGGUAGCCAAGAAUGCUCGUCAAAUGCAUCAAUUCAUCGUGUCGAUGGAACGUAUCGCCGCACAGUGUAUAUGGACGGGUCGAAAUCGAUUUGAUUCGUUCGCUCCCCUGAGAGUCAACGUUGCUGCUCAGUGGCUGGUAGACGGACGAGAUUACUUCUGGAAUCUGUCUCGAGCUAUAAACAUGGCAAAGGAUAGAAUCUAUAUUCAUGACUGGUGGAUCUCACCGGAGCUUUACCUGCGAAGGCCUGGAGAUGAGAGGUACAGAUUGGACAAUCUGCUCAAGAGAAAGGCCGAAGAUGGUGUCAAGAUAUUCAUUAUCAUCUAUAACGAGGUCUCGGACAAGACGACCCCGGUCGACAGUCUAUACACUAAGAAGACUCUGACUGGACUACACCCAAAUGUCAUGGUACAGAGAUCUCCUUCGCACUUCCAAACGGGAACAUUUUAUUGGUCACACGUAAGUUAUCCACAGGAAGGGGAAGAGCUGACAUCGCAGCAUGAAAAACUUUGUGUCAUCGACGAAACUAUUGCUUUCAUGGGUGGAUUGGAUCUUGCUCCUGAUGGACCCGAUGGACCCGUGUGGAGAGGAAAGGACUACUCGAAUGAGCGAGUCAUGGAAUAUUCCAAUCUGAACAAGCCUUUUGAAGACAUGUUUGAUAGGACGAGAGUGCCUCGUAUGCCUUGGCAUGAUGUGGGUCUUCAAAUCGUCGGUCAGCCCGCUCGAGAUCUAUGCAGACAUUUCGUUCAAAGAUGGAAUCUGUUGAUUCGAACCAAAAACCACAAGAGACAAAUGCCUUUCUUACUUCCAGCAGCCGAUUUCACUGAAAGGGAGCUGCAGGAUUUGAAAUUACAAGGUACUUGUGAAGUCCAGAUCUGUAGGAGCGUAGGUCCUUGGAGCAUGGGAACUUUGACGAAAAUCGAACAUAGUAUACAAAAUGCUUACGUCAAGUGCUAUACGUAUCCAAUCGAUUCAGGAGAAGCCAGUUCGGUCAGAUUAAUCUUAGAGUGUCAGAACAGGACGAUCAGUAGAGGUACCAAUUCCAUCUUCUCGAGACUGAGGAAAGAAGGUAUCGAUACGAUGAUUGUAGAUGACCGACUUGUGCUUUGUGGUUCCGCGAACAUAAACGAAAGGAGUCAAAGAGGAGACAGAGAUUCGGAACUCCUUGCGGUGGUGAGGGAUACAGAUAUGAUCGACGGUACUAUGGCUGGACGCCCUUUCAAAGUCGGCCGCUUCGCUCACACCCUUCGAAUCAGACUGAUGCGUGAACACGUCGGCGUUGACGUUGAUUCAAUUGAUGAGGAUCAACUGAUGUCUCGAGAGCCUGUUGCGGAAGCUGAUGAAGUGGAAACUUGGGAUCCAGAUCAUGAGCAAGACAGCGAUGAUGAUCAGAGGUCGGGUAUCACCAAAAUCAAGGCUAGACCUGCAAGAGACAGAUUGAUGCAAACAGUUCAUUCUGGACUUUCAAGUGUCACAAAGGGCAUGAGUGAAAAUGCUAUUUCCAACGUCCGGAGAGCUGCCGACAAAGUCAUUCAUCCUAUAGCUGCUGCCGUUGGUGGACAAACUAUUGCUCAUCAUAUUGUAGAGGACGGAGAUCCUAGUGAAAGACAAGACUUCGAUCCAAGUCAAGGGGAACAAACUGCUGGGUUCGCCAGUUCGAUUGUACCCACCUUGGAAGAGAAGACGAUCUUUGAAAGAAGACCGUCCGGUACGCACGCCAAUGGGAAACCUCUUUUCGACGUCUUGGAGGAAAGUGAAGGAGGUGAAGGUGGUGAAGGACAAGAUGUCGAAGAGGAAGCCAAAGUUCCAGAACGUGCAAAGAAGGAUAAUUUAAUCGCGGAAGAUUCUCCAUCAGCUAAAAAAGCAGGUGCUCCUAGAAUACAGAGUAAACCGGGAGAAGAAGAAUUCUACGGUGCUCCGGCAAAUGCGCACAUGUCUGAUUCAAAAUUACCUACUCGGGACACAGGAAGAUCAGGAGAUAAAGAAGAGCCUCUGGCUAUCAAAGCUAGAAAAACAUUACGGAAACAUCUCCACGCCAAGGUCCAGGUGUCCCCUUGGAAUAUGCCAACACCUACCCCGAAGAUCAAUCCGGAUAGAUUUCAUGAUCCACUAGAUGAAAGGUUCUGGAAAGAUAUGUGGGUGGCAGUCGCGGUACAUAAUACCGAGAUUUUCCGAAAGGUAUUCAGAUGUAUCCCCGACGACCUAGUGACAUCCUGGGCCCAGUACAAAUCCUUUGCGAACCACGCUGAAAAGUUCAACAAGAGUCCCGCCGACGUCGCUGCUCCAGGUCACGAUGAACCAAUCAAGGUCACACAUGAGGGACCUGGAACUCACGGCUCCGGUGGUGGAGGUAGCGGGGGAGGACAAGUCGGCGGAGGAGACGGUGGAGGCGCUGUUCCAGGAAAGGGUGCUGACACACGAGGUUCCGAUGUGGUCAAUGGGAAACCCAAUGACCGUCACAAGCCGGAUGGGAGAUCCCAUCCUGACGAACCUGCCUCUCCAUCCGCGACGAGAACUUCUGUUUUAGAUAGUCAUGAACAGCAGAGCAUGGGUGGUGGAGAGAAGAAGCCUAGUGCCCCUGAUGAAGCUUGGUCCGAGUGGGAGAGGGAUCAGAUGGAAGAACUUCUAGGAGAAAUAAGAGGACACCUAGUCAUAUACCCCACUCGUUUCAUGGAAGCCGAAGAUCUUGCGAAUAACUUCCUUUUCAACUCUGACAAAAUAUUACCACUCCCAAUUUACGACUAA